AGCGUGCGAGCUCACAGUCCGAGACCAAAAAGUAAACAGACUUGUUUUGAUCUGUCAAAAAAUCAGACGACAGUGCCAGUCCUUCUACAGGAGUAUUUAUACAUGUCAUUGUGACCAAUCUGUCCUUUUAAAUCUGUUUGUUUUUGACGAACACGAAGGUCUCUUCUUCCCUCAGGUUUGAUACCGUUACGAGUAUUUAUCUUAAUGAUUUAUAGCGUGUUGCAUUAGCUAGCAGGCUAACCAGCUGGCAGCUUACCAACAUGUCGUUCGCAGUGUAAACCAACUUACCAUUAGCUGUGGCAGCUAGCAGUAGGUCAACGGAAGGGCGUUCGCAUGUAACUAUAUGUGUGCACUGGACAGACAAUGAAGCCUGAACAUCAGUACUCCUGCAUGGCUGAGGAGGGGAAGCUGAGUCGGAGGGGAGGACGCGCUGGCUCGUCGGGCCGCCCGAGCCGACAGACCUACAAGAGUCCAGCCCAUCUCCAGAGCCUGCUGGACGGCCUGCUGGCGCUCAGAGAGAGUGGCAUCCUGUUUGAUGUGGUGCUGCUGGUGGAGGGUCGACCCAUCCAAGCCCACCGUAUACUUCUGGCAGCCUCUUGUGAUUAUUUUAGGGGAAUGUUUGCCGGAGGCCUUCGCGAGUCACAGCAAAAGGAGAUCCCGAUUCAUGGAGUGACUUACAUGGCCAUGAAAAAAAUACUUGACUACAUUUACACGUCAGAGAUUGAGUUAGACCUGGAUUGUGUGCAGGAGGUCCUGAUAGCUGCCACACUAGUACAGCUUGAGCUCGUCAUCAGCUUUUGCUGUGACUUCCUUUUCUCCUGGCUGGACGAGAGCAACAUUUUAGAGGUCCAUAAUCUAGCUGAUCUCUACGGACUGCCACAACUCAAUGCCAGGGUCCACUCCUACAUCCUCAGUAACAUCCAAACUUUGUCUCGCACCGAUGUGUACCGACAACUCCCCCACGAAGUCUUCAGCGCGCUGAGCAGUGAAGAGCUUCAAGUGAACAGUGAGAACGAGGUGUACGAGGCAGCUCUCCACUACCACUUCAGUCCUGUGCAGGUGGAAACUGACCAGGUGUACUUGCAGGACAAUCUCAAGAUGCUUGACGCUGUGCGUUUCUGCCUGAUUGAGAAACAAGUGUUGCAGAGGCUGUAUGGCAGACUGAGCGAGUGUCCACUGAAGGACUCUGUGUCAGCUGCCAUGCGGUACCAUGAGCAGGAGAUCUGGCAGCCCGUCAUGCAAAGUCCUCUCACCCAGCCACGGUCCACCUUCCGAUGCAUAUUGGGCUUUGGGGGGAUGUUUACCUCCAGCUCCCUAACAGACAACGAGCAUUUGUUUCAGGUGUUCCACCCGAGCUGGGGGGAGUGGAGGACUCUCACUGCAGCUAACACCCCCCGAAUGUCCAACCAGGGCAUCGCUGUGCUCAACAACUUUGUUUAUCUAAUUGGAGGAGACAAGAACACCAGUGGGUUUCGUGCAGAGACGCGCUGCUGGAGAUACGACCCUCGUCACAACAGCUGGUGCUCCAUCCAGCCCCUGCAGCAGCAGCAUGCUGACCACAGUGUUUGUGUGAUGGGCGGCUUUAUUUAUGCCACUGGAGGACGGGACUACAGCAAUGAACUUGAGACGGUGGAGCGCUAUGACCCACACACCAACAUGUGGGAAUUUGCAUCACCCCUGAAGAGAGAGGUUUACGCACACGCUGGAGCCGUGUUGGAUGGGAAAAUGUAUAUAACAUGCGGGCGCAGAGGACUGGCGUACCUCAGAGAGACCUACUGUUUUGACCCUGUGGCCAAUAAUUGGACAGCUUGUGCUGAGGGGCCGGUGGAGCGAGCGUGGCAUGGCAUGACUGCUGUUAACGGACGCAUUUAUGUUAUUGGUGGAAGCAAUGAUGAGCGUGGAUAUCGGCGUGACGUCCUGAAGGUUGCAUGCUUUGAACCUGAAGCCAACUCUUGGUCUUUACUGACCCCCCUCCGUGCGGGACAUGGAGAACCCGGCAUAGCUGUGCUGGACAGUCGCAUCUACGUCCUGGGAGGACGCUCUCAUGACAAAGGCAACAGGAUGAAAUACGUUCACGUGUACAACACUGACGCAGACGAGUGGGAGAACGAGACGGAGUUUAAGGAGCGCGUCUCUGGACUGGCGGCCUGCGUGGUGCUCAUGUCCUCCACUGUGAUCGCCCAGGCCAGGAGCUGGGAGCAGCGCACAAGGGCUUCAUGGGAAGAUGUGAACAUGGACAACUCGGAUGACUCAAGUGAGGAUUGAAGCAGCUGCGUUGAACUGAAUGUCUGUCUGAUCACUGGAGACUGUCACGCACUUUUCUUACACCGCAUGUUGAAGUACCUGGAGGAUAUUUUUUGGGCAGCAUCGUGUCCUCCUUGCACGUCGAUCACUUUGAGUGCCUCUGAGCCAAAGUGUCGUUCAGGACCUUUGCAUACUUUUUCUUACUUUUUAAACAUCUUAGAUAAUCAGAACCGUGCAUAUGGAUCCCAGCUGAAAUGCUUCUGUUUGUUUCUGACCCCUCAUAAUAACCACUAAAUAAACACUGUAGCUGCGUCUGCAUUGUUUAUCAUAGAGAGAAGCUCUAUAGCUUUAAUGACAUUAAGCAGUGAAAACCACUGGCUAUGCAAUAGCACUUUCAGUGACUUAAGUUUGACAGAGGUUCAUUUAAAAUUGGAUUAAGACUUUAGAGAUAUACAGGCAUUGAUUACCUUAAGCUUAAUUGUUCAUUUAUGGGAAUUUAAUAUCAUUGUGGGUUUUUAAAUAUAAUUUAGUGAUUGUCUUCACCCUAGCAGUUACUGGUUAUUUACAGGAACUGCAAUAAGAGAUAUUUCCCCCUCCCAACGAGUAACCAUUAAAGAGGUACUGCACAAAAAACAUGUUUUUGAGCAGUAAACUAAAUUAAGUGACUGUAAUGUGAUGAAACACAUUAAUGCUGAAAAUCAGCGUUUCAUGGGUUGAACAUGACCCAACACGCCGUCUACUGUUUAAGCUGUGAACCCUGCAAGGCCAGUGCUGACAUGACGCUUUGGAUUAUGUCCUGAAAUGUAUAUAUAAAGAAGAAAGUUAACGUGCUCUAAUCACUCACUGAGCAACUCCUUCCUCACACAACCACAACCCCCUCCUCAGCCCCUCAUUGCCUCUUGCCCACUUUUUGCAUUUUUUCAAAACUAUGGAGUGGGUGGAGUUAGGGCCAGACCCACAGUUACACUUUUAAUUAUAUUUUAACAUAGUGCCUUGUAUUUAUGGUUAGGUACUUAACUUGUGCUCUGAAGUGUAUAUUUUAUGUUUCAGUUUAUUCUGGGUAUGGAUAUGAGCCCUUAAUAUUAUGCCUCUGACAUCACAAUUUGUUUUUAAAAAAAACGAUGAAAUAAUUUGUGUUUGUACCUGAAUGACGAGGCGUUGGUGCUGCAGGUUGUAGACCCCACCAGCUCACAAUAAGUUGCCAUGUCUGUAUAUGAUUUAUGAAUGUCAAUUCACCAUUAUUGUUAAAUUUGUUAUGUCCUUUCAUUAAUCUUCCAUACUGAAUAACUUAUUUCCUUACCGAAUACAUACAUCACAAUGAGGAGCGGAUUUUAAAUAUUUCCAGCCUGCUUAGUCAAGCUUUUUUCCAUGCUUCUGCUUGAUACCACCCCUCAUUGUUAUGCUGCUUGUUAUAAACAUUUAAGAAGCUUAAUGACAAAAUCCACUGUGAAUCCUUUACAACUCUGUUAUUGAAAAACUCCAGGAAAUCUGUUUUUAUUUAUUUUUAUUUUCCCUGUAAUGAGAAUUUCGGCUUAAGAAAAUAAUGCAGUAUAUUAGAACACACUGUCACACAAGACAUGCAAACAUAUUAUCCUAUUCAUGACUUACAUUUUGCGAUCUAAUAAAGAUAGAGAUACA